UUUGGGAGCUCUGCUCUGGCCGUGGUGGUGACGGCGCUUUCUUCCCCGGGCUCGGGUUCCACGCCAGCACCCCUCCCCCAUACCGUCACCGGGACCCAGCUCCGGGCCGCCGUCGCCGCAGCCCUCCCCGCGCCGGCAGCCGGGCGCGCGGAACGCACUUGUUGGCGAAGGCGCCCGGGCUUGGGUAACCCGACUCUGGAAACCUGGCCCCUCACCGGGCGCGCGGGUCCUCCAGCGCCUGCACUCGGCCUCUGGCCUGGGCCCGGUCACCAGGCUACUGGCGCAGCGCUUCCUGCUACUCGCUCUCUGCGACCCUGGUUCUGCGCUCCCGGGACUGGGCUCCCCCUGCAGCGGCGAGCGCUGCUCUCCUCUGCAGUGGACAGUGACAUCCUGGCGACCUCUGUGCUGGCAUCAGCCCUCUGAGAUCUCGCACACAGCGAAGAGCGCCUCUUUCCUGUGGGACAAGUUCGCGAUGACUUGGUCCGUCCUUGGGCUUGUUCCCUCGGGUUUCCCAGAUCUCAGAGCUUGGGGAAGGAACUGAGGACCGAGGCAGCCUCCAAAGACCUCCCGUCUGGCCUCCAAGCAUCUGGCUGUCAGUCCUGGGACCCCUCCAGACCUGGGCUCACGCCUGGGGACUGACAUAUUAAUUGAGCCAUACCCUUGUCUCAGAAGGUCACAGCGCACCAAUGGAGACUCUGGAGAUGGUGGGUGCCCAGUGUCCCCGGCAGGUGUCUGUCACAUGGUAACUCAUCAGAGUUGUCAGCUGAUUGGAGCCCAGGCUGUGCCCCAAAGAAGCAGCGGGGUCGGCCUGUGAACUCCAAGGACAAUAACUAGCUUUCCAGGUGCCUGACACAAAGAACCAAUAAAUGUUGGUCAAAUUUACAUCAACCAAAAAAGAUAUUCUCUGAACACUGCAAUACAUGUCAAAUAAUCAGAACAGAUGAGGGGGGGUUCCAAUCUGGAGUUUCUAUUUCAUGCCCAAGCCUCAGAAUGCAAUCACCAUCGCUGUGUCUUCCCGAGCCUUGUUCCGCAUGGAGGAGGAGCAGAGGAUCUUCGAGGAGCGGGGUGUGGAGGAGUAUGUGCGCUACCAGCUGGAGCACGAGAACGAGCCCUUCAGCCCGGGGCCAGCCUUCCCUUUUGUGAAGGCCCUGGAGGCUGUGAACCGGCGGCUCCGUGAGCUGUACCCCGAUAGCGAGGACAUCUUCGACAUCGUCCUCAUGACCAAUAACCACGCUCAAGUGGGAGUCCGCCUCAUCAACAGCAUCAACCACUACGGUGAGGAUCUGUUCAUUGAGAGGUUCUGCAUGACAGGUGGGAACAGCCCCAUCUGCUACCUCAAGGCCUAUCACACCAACCUCUACUUGUCAGCUGAUGCGAAAAAAGUGCAAGAAGCCAUUAAUGAGGGGAUCGCCGCUGCCACCAUCUUCAGCCCCAGCAAGGAUGUGGUUGUGUCUCAGACGCAGCUGCGUGUGGCCUUCGAUGGAGAUGCCGUACUCUUCUCGGAUGAGUCAGAGCGCAUCUUCAAGGCCCACGGGCUGGACAGGUUCUUCGAGCAUGAGAAGGCCCAUGAGAACAAACCUUUGGCCCAGGGCCCCCUAAAGGGCUUUCUGGAGGCCCUGGGUAGGCUGCAGAAGAAGUUCUACUCCAAGGGUCUGCGGCUGGAGUGCCCAAUUCGCACCUACUUAGUGACAGCGCGGAGUGCAGCCAGCUCCGGGGCCCGAGCCCUCAAGACCCUGCGCAGCUGGGGCCUGGAGACGGAUGAGGCCUUGUUCCUAGCUGGAGCGCCCAAGGGCCCCCUCCUUGAGAAGAUCCGCCCACACAUCUUCUUUGAUGACCAGAUGUUCCAUGUGGCUGGGGCUCAGGAGAUGGGCACUGUGGCCGCACAUGUGCCUUAUGGUGUGGCGCAGACACCCCAGCGAACUGCACCUGUAAAGCCAGCUCCACCUGCACAGUAGCCGAGCUGUCUGCUCCAGGUUCCCUGUCUGGUGAACCUCUCAGUUCCCCACCAUCCUGGCCUCCUGCAUGUCUGCUCUCAUCCCCUGAGUGAGGCUUUUGAAGGAAAUUCCAUAGUCUGGGCCAGCAUUCUCACCGUUCCUCCUUUUGGGCAAACACUAUGCCAUAGUCCCGGCCGGGACAGUGCGGAGUAGCUAGAUUUCAGGGAGAGGCGCUGAGACUUGGGCAGGAGGACCCAACAAGCCUCAGAAAGAGAAAGAUGCCUCAAAAGGAGCUUGAGAUAGAAACCAGCUCCGUGUAGCUCAAAGAACACUGUUGGAGAGAGGGAGAGUCUGAUGUCUGAGCUCUGCCCUAGCACAAGCAGCAUGAUUCUGGGUAUCUCCCCUUCAUGGGCCUCAGUUUCCCCGUGUUUUAGGUAGUUUUCAAACUCUCCUUUAGCCAGCAAGGCUUGGUUUUUAUAAGAUGGCCCUUUGAAGGAGGCAUUGUGUGCAGGGCUGCUGUAUGCAUGGCAGCUGUGCAGAUUACAGAAGGGCACCCUUCUAGGGGAAAGAUGACCCUUCUUCCGGCCUGACCCAGUCCCAUGCUGGGUUACAUACCCUCAUCACCAAGGUACACAGCCCCACUCACCCCUCAGCUAGAGGCCUAUGUCAAAUGGGCAAACAUCUGUCUUUAACUCUUUAUGUUUGCAAACCACAGGACAAGAUGACCUACCUGCUUCCCGUGCUAUACUGACCUCUGCCAUCAGGAUUCAGUGGCCAGGUGCAAGGUUUGCCAAAAGGAACCAGUGGAGUGAUUUGGCCGUUGUGCAAAUUCUCCUUCUGCCAGGAGGAGGCACUGCAGGCUCUUCCUGGGGAGGAGAUUCUGUGGCUGUCAGUGCAGCAUUUCCUUUUGCCUCAGUUUUUCACCAAAGUUCAGUUGUUCUGCCAGCCAACCUCUAUCUCGGCUCUCAAAGCCCCAGUCAUGGCAUCCUGCUGUGCCCUUAGGCAGCUCUGCCAGUGGAGAAAGGUGGGAGAGUCUGUGCCCCAGACAUGCAGGGGGAGAAGGGCCAGCGUGUGAACGGGCAGUUGUGCAGCCUGAGCCCAGGGUAAGGUGCCGCCUGGGUGGAGUGGGAGGUAUCAGAGGCUUGAUCUGAGACUUAAGGGACUGAGGCACUGAUGGCUCAGACAAGAAGUUGCUGAAUGCACAGUAGCAAAAUUCUCCACUGUGGAUACAGUCAGAGCUGCCGUGGAGGCCUGAGCGCUCUGUCACUGGGAUUCUGGGAUGAAAUACCCUCCCUAAGUUAGGCCAGC